CUACCGCGCAACCAAACGCGGUUGGAUGCAUGUCGAUGCUGUCACGGUCAAUCACGAACUGGCUCACCUGUUGAACUGCGGAUGUCCUUUUUAUACACUCCCUUUGAUUUGUUUUCCCUUUUCCAGAAAUUUCGCUUCUGUGGCGAUGGAGACUGUCCGGAUUGGGUGUUGGCCGAAAUUCAUUCAAAUCUGGCACAGCUCAAUACCAACCAAUUGAACGAACUUGGACAAUAUACGGCUAAGUUAAUCAUUGGAGCUGAAAUUCAUGAGACUUCAAUUAACGAGAUUUAUUCCAUCACCAAGGGAUCCAUCGAUGCUCCAAAGGGAGGAAUUGCUUGUCUUCGAUUCCUUCUAACUAGCGCUUCCCGGUACAACACGGAUUGUGAAAUCUUCGGUACAGAACUGCAGCAGCUAGGGCUGCCAAAGGAACAUACCGCCAUCAUGUGCAAGCUUUUGGACAGCUAUCUACAAAAGAUACGGGUUAUCCUUAAGGAAAAGAGCUUGGGUAUAAAUCAGUUGAACACAUUCAGUUGUAACAUUCCAAAGAAUACAAUCGAUUGCAUUCAGCUGAAUAUUGGCAUUCAUAAUGAAAUAGUUGAUGGGUUGCCAAAAAAUACCACCCACGUCGUGAAUCUGAAUCGUAACGAUGCGUUGCUUUUGCUCAACGAGCUGAAAACCGUGCGAGAUACAAUGGAAAACUAUAAUUAUGAUAAGAAGUAUAGCGAAUAA